CGUCGACAUUAGUACCGAAGCACCGCCUGUAUCGUGUGCACUGUUGCGGUCCGUUUACAUCGUGUCGCCGUUACGGCCGUUUUAUCGGUUAUAAUUUUUUCCGUUUGUUUAAAAUUAAUUUUUUCCACGCCGAACAUAAAAAUUACGUUGGCCCGAUAUUGUGUAUGUGUAGAGUGUGGAUUUAAUAUAGUUGCUCGAUAUUUAGUGAACACAAUUACUUAGAAAUACAUUGAUCGUGCCUUACAAUGGUUUGUAGCGGCCAUCGACGUCGAUGUGUCUCGAUCGCCGUCAGCCGCAUGAAGACGCAACGGAUUGCUAUCGGCUUUGGUUUUUGAGAGCAUUUUUCUCUUAAAAAAUUUGGUUUAAUCUCAAAAUAUUUUUAUUCUUUAUUUUAUUAUCAAGCGCCGAGCUGUUGUGCAAGGUGGCUAAUUUUUCGCCCGGAUGCGACCAAAAAGUUACAUGAUAUAUCAAAUUUAAUUUACUUUUAUUUCUUUACAAGUUUUAACUUGUAAUAGUCAUACAAUUACAAUAAUAAAAUUAUUGUCGAUGUUUAACUUACAUUUAAUUAUUUAAGUAAUAAUUUUAUCAUUGUCGUAUAUCAUAUAUUAAUAAUUUAAAUAUCAUUUAAAUAACCAAAAGUCGAGUAUGGUACUCUUCGACGACCUAUUUGGAUUCCCGGCUUUACCCGGAUGCCUAAGGGUUUUUUCAUCGUCUGCUCGUCAAACUACAGUACGAACCACUAUGUCUUGUACGAAAAUCACAUCAUGUCUAACGUUAGUGUUGCUGAUAUGUUUUGAGACCGUAUUGCUGUCUACAGUUAGCGAUUGCACAAAGUCCUUCACCGUUCAUUGGAACACGUCGAAUCCAAUAUUCCGAAUAGACAACACGGACCACAUAAUCGACGUCAACAAAGGCAACAUGCCGUUCGAGUACGACCAGGUGAACAUCGUAUGUCCCGUGUACACGCCGGGAACACACGAAAACGACGCCGAGAAGUACAUCAUCUACAACGUGUCCAAAGAGGAAUACGAUAUGUGUCGGAUCACGAAUCCCAAUCCUCGAAUCAUCGCGUACUGCGAUAAGCCGUACAAACUGAUGUACGUCACCAUAACGUUCCGGUCGUUCACGCCUCAGCCCGGCGGACUCGAGUUUCAACCCGGACAAGACUACUAUUUCAUCUCAACGUCGUCCAAAGACGAUAUCCACCGCAGGAUCGGCGGCCGUUGCUCUACCAACAACAUGAAAGUUGUGUUCAAGGUGUGCUGCCGGCCAGAAGACCAACAGAACAACAGCAGCCACAUCGUGGCCACCCGACCGCCAAAUCCGACAAUCACUCAACGGCUACCGGGUCCGGUCAACACGCACGUGUAUCCGCGACCGACUUCGAUGUAUUCGCCGACCAACCCGCCGUCGCCCAAACUGCCUCCGUUCGGUCCGUCUCUGCACAACAAGCCGAAUCACAAAAAAUCAUCCGAAUAUGACAAACAUCCAAACGAAAUCGUAAAAAACGAGGAGUUGACUUUCAACGGCUCCCAUUGCAGUGCGUCCAGUUCGGCGUUCAUCGUUCUAGUCUUUCUUGCCAUUGUCCAAUGGAUAUCGCGAUAGAUCGUCGUUUCUUUUAUAUUAUAUAUAAUAAAAAAAAAACAUUUGUACAUACCUAAACGGUUUAUUAUUAUAUUAUUAUUAUUAUUAUUCUAUAAAUAUUUUUAUGUACAUAUACGACCACCAUGUAAUAAUAUUUUUCUGCGGUAUUGAUUUAAUCUGUUGUAUUAUUCUACUAUAAUUAUUAUUGUCAUAUUGUAAAUAAGUCAGGCAUCGACACGAUAUUGUAUUAUACUUGGAUAACAAUAGAUUAUUGUAAUGACAAUUGUACUAUUGAGAACAAAACGAUAUUGACUGGCUACGGUUUAAAAUAUAAUAAUCAUUUUUUUUCAAUGACUGGCUAACGGCGGCAGACCUAACAGCAGAACUCGAAUUAAAUAUUUAUGUAAUUUUAUUAUAAUAACAAUUAUAAGCAGUAUAUUCAGUUCUGAUAGAUUUCCGCAUCUCAAUAAACGACUCACUGAAUUACCAUACAAAUCUAACUAACUAUAUCAAUGUGCAAUAUCCAACGUGAAUUUUUCUUCGAAACCCAUAUCAUAUUCACCGUUGAAUGGUUUUUAUAUAAUUUUUUUAUUAUACAAUCAAACUUUCUUUUGCAAAUAUCUCAACUCGCAUUCCCACCAGCUGUGCCUAAUGUAUUUCAUUCUUUUGAUAAAAUUAGUACCGCGCACGACUGAAUAUCAAUUAAUAUUUACCGGGCCGUCGAUUUUCUGCCCGGAAAAUAUUUGUUUCGAUUCAACGCGCAUAUUAUCCAAAGAAUGAAAUAUAUUAGACACCAUUUGCCAGCUAACCAAUGCCUUAAGAUCAAAUAGACAAAGAAUUUCAAUAGUACGCACAAGAAGACUUUUGGUCUGUUUUUAAUCUUUCUGUUCAAACUUCAAAUCAAUUUAAAUUUCAAUUGUUCGAUUGUUGUAAUCACAAGAUCUGCUCGCCGUAGUUGAAAAUUCAUGUCGCCUAAAGUCACUCAUUAAAGUUUGUUUUUUCAUUGAAUCUUAAUUAUAAUUAUUAUUUUUAUGUUGAUUUAUACAUUUUUUUAGACAAAGUAUUGUAAUUAUAAACGAAAUUAGGGUAUUCAAUUUUAACCUAUUUAUAAUUUCAUUUCUGUGAUCAUUAAUUUUUAACAUUAAGCACUUUGAUACUUGUACGUGUAAACAUUUAGUUUCUUUUACACAAUAUGUAUAUUUAUGUAUCUAUACCUAUCAAUAUUUGGCUAAAUUGUAUUUGCUAUAAGAUAACAAAACUACAAACAUAAAUAAUACAUUUCAAGCUAAUAUUUUUUUACUUUUAUUAUUAUUAUAUUAAUACUACAGUAAUGAUAUAUUUGUAAUUAAGUAAAUGGAAACAUAUAUAAAAAUAAAUAAUUUGCAUACAUUUAAUCAACUAUAAUAUUUAUAAGUUAUAGCCAUAAAAAAUUAAACUAUUGAGAUACCAGAUAUUUCAUUAAUUUAAUAUAUGGUUCUUAUUGAUACAAAAAACCAUUUCUUGCUAUACCCAUUUUAUUGAUUGAGCAUAACAAUUCAUUGUUUAUUUAUAACUACUAUCAAACAAGUUAUAGUUUGUUUUAUGAACAACCAUCAUUGUAGAUUCUUUGGAUAUUAAAAAUAAUUUACAGUUAUGACAGUUUUGCUAUAAAAGUAUCUAAAAGUAAAAAAUAAUCUGAUAUCCAUUUUUUAAUAUUUUACAUACAAAUCCAUAACAUAUACAUGUAUGAUUAUUUGCAAUAAUAUUUAUUUUUAAGAUUUAUUUACAGUAUAAUAGGAUUAGUAAUCUUUUUAUUAUUAAAUAUUCACAUUACCAAACUGAUUUUACAUGUCAAAUAUCAAGUAUAAAGAAGCCUAGUCGUUUAAAGUUUUGUUUAUUUAAUUUUAUAGGUAAUAUACAAUUAUACCAAACAUCAAAUAAUACUGAACUAUUCAUUGGUCAAAACUAACAAGUUCUAUUAUUCAAUUAUGAUAAAAAUUCAAUGUAUAAAUACACAAUUUUUUGUUUUAUCAAAACAUUCAGCCGGUGGAAUAAAUUAGCCUUAUAAAAAUAUUUUGUGUAAUGAUUCUCAAUAUUAGUGUAUAAAACACUAAUGAUGAGACUUUUUCUUAAAAAUAUAACAUUUUUGUGCUUGAAGUUCCUAUUUUCAGUAUUUGAUAAAGUACAAAACUAACAUAAAAAUAAAAUAUUAUAAAAAAUUAGUUCUAAACAAUCGUUUAUCUUAUGUCCAAAAUUACUAUUAUACUAUUUUCAGAUUAUCUAUUUAAAUAAAUAUUAAUAGUUAAAAUAAAUAAUUUUUUGUUAAAAGUAUAAUUAUUAUUUAUAAAGUAAAAAAAUUAUCAAAAUCGUGUAUUUUAUAUAUAUAUAUAUAUAUAGGCUGGCUGAAUGAAGGAAUUUAAUCAAAUUGUUUAUUAAUUUUAUAUCUAAUGAAAAACUUAUUUUUUUAUAAUUACAUUUGUAGUAUAUUACUGAUCAUAAAUAGAGUAUUAAUAGUAAUGCCAUGUGUUAAUUUAUUUAUUUUUAUUUCAUAUUAUAUACAUAUAUUAUUUCUGUGUGUAGUUUGUUAGUGUUGGAGAAUAAAAAAUAUAUAAAUAUGUAAAUGUACUUUUAUAUAUAUUUAUUUGUUAGUUAAAGUAUAAUAUAAAUGUACACCAUUUGAUUUUUCAAUGCCAUAACUGCUGUAUAAAUGAAUGUCAAAAUUAUAAAUAUGAUGAAUAUGUAUACAUGAAUGUGAAUUAGCUUAGAAUUAUCUAUGUAAUACCUAUGAAUUACCUAUGUAUUGAUAAAAUUUAGAACAGGGCACUUAAUACUUAGAACUGAUGUGUACUCCUUAUUUGUGCUGUAUGUACCAGUUAAAUAUAAGAUUUAUAAAAAUAUCA